AUGACUACUGUGUCCAUUAGUAAACCCAGCCUGCUGAAGUUCAAACAUGUUAAGAGCUUUCAACCGCAAGAAAAAGACUACGGGCCGGUAACCUCAUUAAAUUUCGACGAUAAUGGUCAAUUUCUGCUGACCUCUUCUUCUAACGAUACAAUGCAACUGUAUAGUGCCACGAAUUGCAAAUUUCUGGAUACGAUUGCCUCUAAGAAAUAUGGCUGCCACUCCGCUAUCUUCACGCAUGCACAAAACGAAUGCAUCUACUCUUCCACGAUGAAAAAUUUCGAUAUUAAAUACCUUAAUCUAGAGACGAACCAAUAUCUAAGGUAUUUUUCCGGUCAUGGUGCUUUAGUGAAUGACUUAAAGAUGAACCCAGUAAAUGAUACUUUUCUGUCUUCAUCCUAUGAUGAAUCUGUUAGGCUUUGGGAUUUGAAAAUUUCUAAACCGCAAGUAAUUAUACCAAGUCUCGUACCAAAUUGUAUCGCAUAUGACCCAAGUGGUCUCGUUUUUGCAUUGGGAAACCCGGAAAAUUUUGAAAUUGGGCUAUAUAACCUGAAGAAGAUUCAGGAGGGUCCCUUUUUAAUAAUCAAAAUCAACGAUUCGUCUUUCAACCAGUGGAAUAAACUAGAAUUUUCCAACAAUGGGAAGUAUUUAUUGGUUGGUUCGUCGAUGGGAAAACACUUGAUCUUCGACGCAUUCACUGGUCAACAAUUAUUUGAACUAAUAGGGACAAGAGCGUUCCCUAUUAGAGAAUUUUUAGAUUCCGGAUCUGCCUGCUUUACACCAGACGGUGAAUUUGUCCUUGGGACGGAUUAUGAUGGUAAGAUUGCUAUCUGGAAUCAUUCAGAUUCAAUAAGUAACAAGAUAUUAAAACCACAAGGAUUUAUUCCCUGUGUUUCUCAUGAGACUUGCCCCAGGUCAAUUGCAUUUAACCCUAAAUAUUCUAUGUUUGUUACCGCAGACGAGACAGUAGAUUUUUACGUUUACGAUGAAUGA